ACCUCGACCGUCGCCUGUUCGUCCAGCUUAACGGCAGUCGCAAGGUCAUUGGUGUCCUUCGUGGCUACGAUGUGCNNGUCUUCUUGAACAUCGUCCUGGAUGAUGCCGUCGAGGAGAAAGCUGGCGGCGAGAAGGUCAGAAUCGGCCAGGUCGUACGUUCAUCCACACCAUUUGCGCAACUAGGCACCUUACUGACCCUGUCCAGGNUCAUCCGCGGCAACUCGGUCGUCAUGUUGGAAGCGCUGGAACGCAUGGACGAACACGACCGACGA